AUGUCUUCGAGGUGCGAAGACGGUACAGUUACCGGUGACUUCCUCGAUGAGCUGCCAAAUUUUCACAUCGAUACUUUUUCCGAGCUUGAAGAACAUUCAGGAAGAUUUGCCGAAGUCUCCGAAAGUGAUGUUGAAAAAUUCACUGAGGGGAAAGAAAAUGCAACACUAAAAAAAGACCUUCUACGACUUAAAAUUAGUCAAAAAGUUUCCGGUAGAAGAGCGCCACGAAAUCAGAGAAAUAGAGAAGAUUCCUCCAACUGAAUUAGACAGCUACUUGAGCCAGUUUGUUUUAGCUGCAAGGAAAAAGACUGGGAAAUAUUAUGAACCGUCAUCUCUCCGCGGAAUUUUGGCUAGUGUUGAACGCCAUUUGAGUCGCUCCAGUAAUGGCAAAACUAUCUUCAAAGACAGUGAUUUCAAAAAAACAAGAGACGUUGAAAGCUAAACAAAAGCAACUCAAGCGAUAUGGACUAGGAAACAGGCCAAAAGCCACAACGACUCUUACGGACGACGAAAUUGAGAUUCUUUUUAACAAAACGUUGCUUGGAUUAAGUUCACCGCAAGCUCUGUUAAAUACUGUGUGGCUAAACAACAUGAUUCACUUUGGCCUUCGCGAAUGUAAGGAACAAAAAGAACUCCGCUGAGGGACAUCGUUUUAAAAACUGACAGUGACGGUAAAGAAUAUCUCGAAUACUUUGAAGGCGAAACAAAGACUCGAACGAGAGAGGAUCCACGGAAUCAACCGCCGAUCAAGCCGCGAAUGUAUACCAACGACGAUGCCAUUUCUAUUGAUCGUGAUCCGGUGCACGUUUACAAGAUGUACAAAGAAAAACGACCACCAUCCAUGCUAGAACCGGAUUCAAGUUUCCAUUUGUCUGUAAAUUACUUUAAAACAGAAACUCAUGCAUCAGUGGAAGGCAAAAACUGGUUCAAAGCAGAACCAACGAGAGUGAACAAGUUAAACAAUAUCAUGAAAGACAUGACACAAGCGGCAGGAAUUUCAGGCAAAACAAGCAACAGUCGUAGAAAAACUUUAGUGCAAAAACUGCAGGACAGUGGAGACUUCCUCCUAACCAGAUAA